AUGGUAAAACGAACACUCAAAAUUUAUUCAUACACGUUUGUUUCAAAUAAACAAAACUUAUUAGAAUUGAUUCCAACGUACAAAAAUGAAACAAUAAUAGUGUUUCUUUUUAUUGAUGGUAAUGAUGAUACAAAAAAAUUUUUUGUUGAACAAUUAUGUAGUAUAAGUUAUAUACAUACAAUAUAUCUUUAUGGUGAAAAUAAUCAAAUGCAAAAGUAUAAUCAAUGGUCAACUAGUAAUCAUUUUUUUAAAGUACGCGAAGUGUUUGAUCAGCGUCAAUUAGCUACACGUUUAGCAAAAGAACAUAUAAACGAAAAUAAAUCUCAUUCAUUAUAUUAUGUUUUUCAACUUUAUAUUGAUGAACAUGGGUUUAAUGAUAAUGAACAAACAGAUACAGAUUCAUUUUAA